UUCUUCAUUUUUUUUCACCCGCAUCUUCUUUCGUAAAAGGGACUUUACUUGGUCCCAGCAGAUCAUGAAAACGCCAUUUUUUCUUGAUUGACAAUGGACUUUUUUUUCUGUAGCAUUUCUUUCUUGGCUUUUCCUACAAGCUGUCUAUGAUUUUUCAGCUUAUCUAUAAUGGGGUUGGAUUUGUUUUAGUUUAUGAGGUGGAGGUAGUAGUCUUGGAUUACUGAUCUGUUACUGGGUUUUUGUUUUUUUGGUUUUCUGUGAGGUGAACCCCAUUUUGAAGAAGAAUUCGUCUCUGGGUGGGGCGAAAAAUGCAGUGUACAAGCUAUCUCCCAGGAUACCAUCCAAAAGAUCUUAAUGGUGGGAGCCUUGGUGGGAAUUCAUGGUCUAUACAACACAAUGAUAUCGCCUGGAAUGGUGCCAGAGGGUUCUAUGUUUCCUUGCCUCCAUUUAUGGCCGACCAGAACCUGGAAUUAGUUCAUCAGAAGGAAAUAUUGAAGCAGACAAUGCUCAAGCAUGAAGCAAUAUUUAGAUAUCAGGUCAAUGAACUACAUCGCGUACAUAGAAGACAAAGGGAGGUAAUGGAGGAGAUUAGGAGGAGAAAACUAGUGGAGGAUCAUUUACACUUGCAAGCAUUAGAGUCGAAGUCUUUUGUGUCACAAUUAAGGUCUGAAAUUUCUCAGAAAUCCAACUGCCAGAUGGUUUUAGACCUUACAAGCAUUGAGCCAUCUACACUAUGUGGAGAAACUAAUCAAGGUUCUUCAAAUUCUAUUGCUGGUCAGAGAGUGCCAUCAAGUGCUGACUUAUUGGCUGAACAAAAUGUUACAGAAGAAAGGAAAAUAUCUUCUUCGAAGACCGGUGCAUCCAGGAAGAGAAUGUUGGAUCUUGAACUUCCAGCAGAAGAAUACAUGGAUAUUGAAGAUGGAGAACAAUUUGUAAGGGAAAGUUCUGUUCAAGGGCCCAAUAUUGUGAUUUCAGAGCUUCAACCUCAGGAUAGUUCAAAAGUCAACUUUGCCAAUCCAGGAGAUUCUUCAAUUUCUAACUCAAGUCCUAGGGGUAGCUUUCUUUUGUUUGACCUGAAUGAACCAAUACAGCUUGAUGAAACAGAGUAUCCAAAUUAUGCACUUGAGUCUGUUAACAUUCAUGAGGGAAUCAGCAACAUGGAUCAGGAUCUAUCUGGAACAGUGCAUGCUGAAUGCUCAACUCUGAAGAAAGAAGCUACAGGGGGAGAUAGAAGCAACAUGAAUUCUUCUGAUGAAGUUUCUUCUGUUGAGAUGACACUUCCUCAAUGUAAUCAAACAGCAAGUUCAUCUCCAGGAUUUGUAGAUAAGAGUAAUAAUGGAACCAGAACUGACAAAUCAUUGUUAGUUUCUUCUCGGAAAAAAAUGAAGGAGAUACCCUUUGCAGUUCAAGCUCUUCCAUGCUUUAUUACUAGUUCAUCACUCAGUAAGAGUCCUAACUCUUCUGUUGGGAACUCUAGUCUCACUGGAAAGAAGAGUGACCUGUACAACAGUAGUGCUUCUAGUCCAACUUCUGGAACAUCAGGCUCAUGCUUGAUGAAAUAUGGUGAUAAUGAAUCUACAUCUGGAAAACCUGAUGCUGUUAAGCUAUCUAACAUUCCAGAUAGCAUGAAUUCAAUGAAGGGUAUGGACUUGAAUUGCACACCUUCUGCCUAUUUGUCUGACAAUCAGUUUACCACUCCUACCUCCAAUAUUUCACAUCUAAAUCUCCCUGAAGGUGUAGAAAGAAAGAUUUGUGGAACCGUUCUUCUUGAUUGUAUCCUGAGUCCUGAUUCUGCAGUCGAAUCUGGUAAAUCUAGCAGGGAUAGUCACUUUGUAGGUCCUGGAAGUGAUAUCAAGUUUCUGACAACUAAUUCUUGCAUUAACAUGUCCUGCAUCAUCAAGGAUGAAACUUUUUCAUCUGGUCAGAGUGAAGCAACAAUGACUCCUGUGGACAGAAACUUGGAAGCUUCUAUAGGCCCAGAAAACAAGGAAAGUUCUCCACCUAGAGGAGAUUCUCUGGACAAAACAAUUGGUAAAUCUGUCCAGUGGUCUAAAAUAGACCACAUGAAUGAUCACGCUGGAAAAACCGAUAGGGCUGCAGCAGAGAUCCUGCUUUUUAUUUCAUCAUCUCGGGGAAAUUCAAAGAUUGCCAAGGGUAGACCAUCUGAAGCCUCUCAUGACACUCUGGGCUUGCUUGCUGAUAUUGCAACUUCUUUGGCAAGUAAUCCUGAGAAAGCCGUUGGAGAAUUCACGAACCUCCAUUGUCAUCGCAAUACACUUAUAUCUGACAGGAGCAACUGCAAUGAGAUCGUGAAGCUCACACGCAAAGGGGGAAAAGAGAAGGAAGCAGUAUGCAAUACUAUGCAUAGUCGGACAAGGAGGAGCCAACCUAGGAGAGCAAACUAUCGGAGGGUCCUUCAAACAGAAAUACAUCCUGCUGGUGCCUCUGUUUAUCUGCAUCAGUUUAAUGGAGGUCUAGAGUCACCUGCAACUGCUGCAUCAGAAUCAGGUCCAUCGAGGAAAACUCCACGCAGGGCUUGUUCGAGGAGUAGGAGAUGGUCCCCUAUUGCAAUAAGAACAACAUGCUCACUGCUGCAACCACAUCCCAGCAAUGACAAGCAGGGCAUUUCAGAGGGAGACUGGAAAGGCUGGGGGUUAACAAAAGAGCGUCAAAACAGUCGAAGACCUCGUUCUAUCUCCUCAUUUAGCUGAUAAGUUAUUUUGAGAGCCAGUAUUUUGGACUCAUGGAAAUAUUAUAUGGUGCACAAAGUCGAAUCAUAGGAGUAGUUUAUUUUUGAGGCAUUUCUGUUCUUGGAAUUGUAUGUACAGGUAGUAACCCGAAUUCGUAUAGCAUACUUAUUUUUUUUGGUAAUGACAAAGAUGACAACAAUUUGUUGUUAGUUUGAUAAA